CGUCGGUGAUUAACCGCGGCCUCUCUGGGUUGGGUGAAAUUUCAGUUUAAACCCUAACCCUUCAAAUUUGUCAGAAUCGUAAUUUCGCUGUCGGCCUUCCGAUUUGCGAUCACAACGGACGUGAUUUUCUUGAGGAAUCGGGCGUUGCGGUCAAUUGCCCCUGCGAUUUUCUUCUGCGGGAGGAGGGAAGGCCGCAUUCAGAAGUUUUGGGUUUAGUAGAUCCAGGAUUUACUCCAGUCUUUGACGUCUUUAGAGGGUUAACGAUGAGAAGCACGGAGCGAAUUGCGAAUUUAGCCUUGGCUGGUCUGACAUUGGCACCGCUUGUUGUGAAAGUGGAUCCAAAUUUAAAUGUUAUUUUGACAGCAUGCCUCACUGUGUUUGUGGGCUGUUACCGAUCUGUCAAACCGACUCCACCUUCAGAGACAAUGUCGAAUGAACAUGCCAUGCGAUUUCCCUUUGUUGGGAGUGCAAUGUUGCUAUCACUUUUCUUGCUAUUCAAGUUUCUAUCAAAGGACUUGGUGAAUGCUGUAUUGACAUGCUACUUCUUUGUACUGGGGAUUGUUGCUCUUUCGGCAACAUUAUUACCAUCUAUAAAGCGUUUUUUGCCAAAGCAUUGGAAUGAGGAUGCUAUUGUCUGGCAUUUUCCAUAUUUUCGCUCUUUGGAGAUUGAGUUUACAAGGUCACAGAUGGUUGCUGCAGUCCCCGGGACCUUUUUCUGUGCAUGGUAUGCUUUGAGGAAGCAUUGGCUGGCAAAUAAUAUAUUAGGUCUGGCCUUCUGUAUUCAGGGAAUUGAAAUGCUUUCUCUUGGGUCUUUCAAAACUGGUGCUAUCCUCUUAGCUGGACUGUUCGUAUAUGACAUUUUUUGGGUUUUCUUCACUCCAGUUAUGGUUAGCGUUGCGAAAUCAUUUGAUGCUCCAAUAAAGCUUUUGUUUCCAACAUCGGAUUCUGCAAGACCGUUUUCAAUGCUUGGACUUGGUGAUAUUGUUAUUCCUGGGAUUUUUGUAGCACUGGCCUUGAGGUUUGACGUGUCUAGAGGAAAACAGCCACAGUAUUUCAAGAGUGCUUUUGUGGGAUACACUCUUGGUUUGGUGCUUACAAUUAUUGUAAUGAACUGGUUUCAGGCUGCCCAGCCGGCUCUUUUGUAUAUUGUUCCGGCCGUAAUUGGAUGUUUGGCUGCUCAUUGCAUAUGGAAUGGCGAUGUCAAACAGUUACUGGAGUUUGAUGAGUCGAAGGCUGCUGCCCAUUCAUCUCAAGAAGAAAGUGAUGUUAAAGCUAGCAAGAAGGUUGAAUGAAGUAUGGGCGCAUUCGAUAUUUGUACUCCUCAAGUAAAAGGGAACAUGGAAAAAAUCAGGAAACUGUUAUCUCAAUUGUCUUAAAAGCUAACUUAUUCAUCAUGACGUGUAAUAGAUUUUGUGAUUGAGAAAGGAAUUAAAUUGCUUCAGUUUUGCUUGCUGCUUCCCUGUUCUAAUGGCCGUUUUGGAUGGUCAUGGCAAACCGUCGAAGGAUCUUCAUGCACUAAUUAUAUGUUGGUAUAUUAUUAAA